AUGCCUUUCGGAAUGCCGCGCUCCGCCGGGCCCCUCAACCUUAAUGGAUUUGGCUACUGGGUGCUCCAGGGCCUUCGCGUCUGCACCGUCAUCACCCUCCUUGCCGCCGCCGCCGGCUGCUGGGUCCUCAUCAUCCAGGUCGACAAGUACAAGACCUUCUUCGUCUUCCAGUGCCUCUCCUUCUUCUUCACCUCCAUGGGCUGCCUGUUCCUCAUCACGGCCGAGUUCCCAGUCAUCAAGUUCCUCCGCAACUUCUACAAGGAGUCCUGGCCGGUGCUGUCCGACGGGCACGGCGUUGGCUGGAUGGGUGCCGCCAUCGUAAUCAUCGGGUUCCACGUACUGGGCUCGCUCAACGAGCAGGGCUACGACACCGACGCCUUCACUGGCCACUUUUCCCAGCUGGUCCUCGCCUCCGGCAUUCUCUGCGUCCUCUUCGGCUGCCUCAACAUCAUCGCCGCCCUCAUCUGGCGGGAUGCCAAGCACGGCAUCACUUCUCGCGACAUUCGAAGGGACGGCUCCCUCGCCGGGGAUGGCGCCACACUCCCCAGCUACAGUGCCAGCCCCGCCGCGUCGGUUCGCAACGAAAAGACCAGGAGCAAGUUCCUCAGCAAGGUCUGGAAGCGCGGCGGCGACAACGAGCGGCCCAACAUCAGCGCUCCGUUUUCAGAUGAGCGGCUGAAUGCCCAACCGAGAGUAACCAGCCCCAUUGUUCCGGGGCUUAAGCGACCUGAUACGGCACUGCACCCGAUGCACGGUCACCCAGACCGAGCCAGCAGUCAGUACUCUGUUGCUGACAACGCCCCCCGAGUUUAA